CCUAAUAGGCAAGCCUGCCAUGGUAUUUUCUGUGCAAUCAUGGGGAGAUGUCUCGUUUGGUCUGUAGUUAUUCUGGCAUGUGCAGUGUUUGUUGGAUUGCGACUGAAUGCUCUAAAUCACUUAUCACUUGCAAGUCGUGAACUCAAACGAAACCACCUGCACAAGUGUCAUCCGAUUAAGGGCAUAGAAUUUGGAGCAGAAGACAUCACUAUCCUUAGAGACGGACUAGCCAUUCUCAGCACAGGGUUAAAGUAUCCGGGUAUGCCAUCUUAUUCUGAUGACCCUGGGAAGAUUUAUACCCUGGAUCUCCUGGAUCCUGACCUGACACCUGUGCCUCUUCACAUUGAAGGAGAAUUGGACCAGAAAUAUUUCAACCCACAUGGCAUCAGUGUGUUCACCGAUGAGAAGGAUGGAUCAAUUUACUUGUUUGUUGUGAAUCAUCCGCACCAUAAAAGCCAGAUUGAGAUCUUUCAACUCUUUGAGGAGAAGAAGUCCAUUGUGCACCUCAAGACCAUUAAGCACAAUCUGCUCCAUAAUGUAAAUGAUAUUGUUGCCGUUGGAGUGGAUAGAUUCUAUGCCACCAAUGAUCGCUACUUUCAGCAUGACUAUGAGGGCCUGAAUAUGCUGGUGACCAUCCUGGGUCUGGCGUGGUGUAAUGUUGUGUAUUACAGUCCAGAUGAGGUGAAGGUCGUGGCCAAGGACAUCUCUUCAGCCAACGGCAUCAACAUUUCCCCAGAUCACAGGUACCUGUAUGUGUCUGAUAUUCUUGACCAUGAAAUUGAUGUCCUGGAGAUUCAGAAAAGAGAUUUCUUGGUCUUUGUCAAGUCCAUCAAUGUGGAUUCACUUUGCGACAACAUUGAAGUGGAUCUUGACACUGGCGACCUAUGGCUGGGGUGUCACCCAAACGGAGCAAAAAUUGCCUUGGAUAAUCCCAACGAUCCACCUGGAUCUGAAGUGAUCAGGAUUAAGAACAUUCACUCUGACCAGCCAAUUGUAAGCCAGGAAUAUGAAGAUGAUGGGAAUGUUGUCAUCGGGUCUUCUGUGGCGGCCAGAUAUGAAGGCAAACUUCUCAUUGGGACCGUUUAUCAACGAGCCCUCUGCUGUGACCUUAGAUAGUUUCUAUGGUUUUUGAGAUCUUUUGAAUCUGCUAGCACAUUUUUAAUACUUGAGAAUGCAAUUAUAGUGACAAAAUGAAGGAAUGUCAUGUCCCCUUGUUGUUGAAGUUCAUUGUUGUCAUUCUGUUUUCUCAUAUGGCCACUAGAGGGCAGUCACUCCAUUUAACUUUAAAACGUAUGUGCAGUAAACCAGAAUAGUUCUAAGGUCUACUUACCAAAUAAAGUUGUAAUUAUUACA